AGUGCAGGUCGCUGCUGGGUCACAGCCUCAGCGGAGAGGAUCAGUAUAUAAAGAAGCUGUCUCUGUUCCAAGUCAUUCAGUGAAUCUACCUGCUGGUUUGAUCGUCACUACAAGAUGGCUUCAGGUCUUUAUUUGGUCGCAGUUGUCUGCCUGACUGGUGGACUGUGGAUUGGUGCAGAUGCAGCAGUGAGUGCAGAUGGCUGCAAGAGCUGCCCCGCUGAAUGGACUCAGUUUGGAGACCACUGUUACAUGUACAACUUCAGUCCCAAGGAUUGGGCUGAUGCAGAGGUGUCUUGCGUGAAUCAUGGUGGGAAUCUUGCUUCAGUGCAUACCAAAGAGCAGUAUGACUUCAUCAGAAGUGUAAUUAAAACAGCUACUGGAGGCGAGGCACAAACUUGGGUUGGAGGCUAUGAUGCAGCCAAGGAGGGUGUGUGGCUCUGGAGUGAUGGUUCCAAGUUUGAGAAGUUCACCUUCAAGUUCUGGGGACCCCAUGAGCCAAGCAAUUAUCAGGGCAAGGAAAAUUGUCUGGAGAUCAACUUCAGAGGUAGCGCCAAUGACAUAGCUUGCAACGCCAAGCUGGGUUACAUGUGUGGCAUGGGUCUGUGAAGAUCGCCGUUUAUUGCUGUCACCUUUGCUGUCCAGAUGAUGUCACCUCUACCAGGAAGUCGCUCCUAAAUGACAUCACUGCUGACAGAUCUUUAACAGUUUUGAUUUGAUUGAUGUUGAAUCAAUAAACUGAUUUAAAGUGA